GUUUGUCCCUCGUGCGUUUCCGUAGGAGGCUUACAGCAGACUGACGUGUCUUUUCUCUCAGUGUGGCUCUGCUGAAGUUUCCGCGUGAGAUUAUUUAGAACUGGUUUGAAAAUCAAGAAUUAAUUAAAUGCCUGGAUAAAGCGAGAACACUAGUUCUGUACUUAAGUGAAGUCAUGGCGGCAGACUGGGAGGAAAUCAGGCGUCUAGCUGCGGACUUUCAGAGAGCUCAGUUUGCAGAUACUGUUCAAAGGUUGUCUGAGAGGAAUUGCAUCGAGAUCGUGGUCAAGCUGGUGGAGGAUAAGAAGUUAGAUGUGGUUCACACUCUGGAUGGGAAAGAGUAUGUGACUCCUGCACAGAUCAGCCGAGAAAUGCGCGAUGAGCUGUAUAUGCACAGAGGGAGGAUUAAUGUUGUGGAUCUUCAAAAGAUCAUCAAUGUGGAUUUGGUGCAUGUGGAGAGCAGAGCAAAUGAAAUCAUCAAAUCAGACAAAGGCACACAGCUCAUUCUGGGUCAAUUGAUUGACGAAACGUACUUAGAUCGUCUUGCUGAGGAGGUGAAUGAUAAACUCCAGGAGGCUGGACAGGUGAACAUCGCAGAGCUUUGCAAAACGUAUGAUCUACCUGGAGAUUUUCUAACUGAGGAGCUGAACUCGAGGCUGGGCAGAGUGAUCCACGGUCAGAUUGAUCAGUACAACAGGGGAGUAAUCUUCACACAAGCUUUCCUCUCCAGACACAAAGCCUGCAUAUGCGGUCUGUUCAGUGCCAUCACAAGGCCUACACAGAUCAACAACUUGCUAAAUCUCUAUGGUUUUCAGGAGAAUCUGUUGUACUCGGUGCUGGAAGAACAGGUUAACAGUGGCCGUUUGAAGGGCUCCGUGGUUGGAGGCAGGCAGGAUAAAUCCAUCUACAUUCCUGACAUCUACUCCAAGGCCCAGAGCACUUGGGUUGAGUCCUUUCUCAAACAGAAUGGAUAUUUGGAGUUUGAGGCGCUGACCCGCUUGGGGAUACCUGAUCCAGUCAGCUACAUAAAGAAGCGGUUUAAGUCUAGCAAACUGCUUUUUCUCAAAACUGCAUGUGUUGGCAGAGCCAUCAUAGAUCAGUUGGGGGCCUCAGUGGAGGAGACUAUCAACUCAGCCACUUGGGUCGACCUACAGCCAAUGAUCCCAAGCAGUCUGUCUGAAGAGGAUGUAGGAAUUCUGUUGAAUGAAGUGCUGAGGAGCAUGAAUGUGCAGUCCAGUGCAAGGCUUCUCUCCACUUGUGUGGUCAGCGAAAAGUUCAUCACAGGAUGCAUCGCUUUGUUUGAUGAUAUUAUGCAACGGAAAGCACAGAAGGAAGUGAAGAAUAACCCAGUGUUUCUGAUAACGGAGGAUGAUGUCAAACAAGCGUCUUUUUUGUUGGAGUCUUCAGCCUCUUCAAAGAAAGACAAACGAGACGAACGCCGGAAGAAGGCUUCGGAGGGCAGCGGAAGCGUGAAAGGAGGUGGAGGCGGAAAUGCCCGAGAGAUCCGAAUUCGCAAAACAAAAAAAAAGGGCAGGAGGGAGGAAGACAGUGAUGAGGAGACGACACACACCUCUCAGGGGCGAAAUAAGCAAGGAGACAUGUCCUUCCUCUCAGUGGAGGAGAUCAUGGAGGUGCUGGGGGAGAAAGUGUGUGACAGCUCUGAGGAGAUGCUGCAGGAACUAGCAGAGCAGAUACAAAGGCCAUUGAGCAAAAUGUACCAGGAAGUGGUCAGUGCCGCUUUCAUGUCCACAAGUUCAGCCCGAGCAGGAGGGAGUCGGAAGAAAAACAUGAAGGAUCUUCAGGAGGAGAUCAACAACUUGUACAACAACAUCCGCCUCUUUGAGAAAGGAACCAAAAUCUUCUCAGAUGAGACGCAGGCUACCAUUGCCAAGCAUGUUUUGAAGACCGUAUGUACGGAUGCAACCAAUGUGCUGCUGAGCUUUGUGGCAGCUGAGCAUAUGACCUCGGACAGCUCGACAGCCAUCACCAGUGAGAUCAGGCUGAAGAUUCUGGGAAAGCUCUCAGAUGAAGUUAAAUCUCCUCUGAUGAAGCUACACAACAGUCUCAAUGGAAAGGCCAUUGAAGACUUUUUGUCAUGUUUGGAGAUGAGUGCAGAAGAGUGCGGGCUUCUUCUGAAGAAAGGCGACAAGAAAAGAGAAAGGCAGGCUCUCUUUGUGCACCGCCAGGCUCUGUUGGAGCAGUUGAGGGAUACAGAAGACCCUGCGCUUGUGCUGCAUCUGACCAGCGUCUUGCUCUUCCAGAACGUCACACACUGCAUGCUGCAUGCACCUGGACGCUGUGUGCCGCAUAUCAUCGGCUUCCUGCAAAGCAAGAUUCCUGAGGAGCAGCACAAGCUGUUGUCUCAGUACCAGAGUCUGGUGGUCAAGCAGCUGGUAGUGCAGGGUCACGGCCUGGAGAAGAAGAGCAAUCUGGGAGAGGGAGCCGAAGAUGGUCCUGUUGUUUCUGAUGAUGUGGAGGGCCUUCAGAAAGAGCUUCACAGUCUCACCAGAGACAUUAAAGACAUCCUUUCUCAGAGAAAACCAUCUGUCACAGAAUAACACAGUUGUUCGCAGCAACCCCAGCCGUUAAUGUAUUCUGCUACAUUAUGUAUUAGAGCUCUAAUUUUAAAUCUGUGAAAUAAACAGACUGAAUUAAACCUUGCAACACAUUUCCUCUACGAGAAGCAGCGGAAAGUGACACUUGUGUGCUCUUCUGACAAUUACAGUGCUUUACUGACAAAAGUGUUUCAGCCCAGGCUGGCAGUGAUCAUCAUUUUGGAAAUAUUUGUUAAUAUUUCCAAGUAAUUUUGCAUACAUUUGAAUUGCAGCUUGUCUAUGACCCAUAAAAAAAAGUGAUGCCUCUAAACCACUUUUAUUUGAAAUUGUAAAAUCAUACAUGACCUGCUGAGGUCCCAGUUGAAGAAAAGUCUCUUUGUACUAAUAUAAAUGAUUUACAAGUAAAAUAAAUGUGCAACAUUUAAACUGAUGUUUCAGUACUGGUGUAAAUGACAUUUACAGGGUUUAGGGGUAAAUUGUAGAUCUCAAAACAACUUUAAUUUGUAGCAGCUAAAUGUUCAAAUUUGAGAUACAGUACAUAGUGCUACAAACAGUUCCAUAGGACACAUUCAAGCAGUGUUAAAAUCAUCUCCAUAUUGCUAAAUAUUGGCAAUUAUUUAUUUGUUUCCCAAAUAAAUGAAUAUUGUUUUGUUGUCAUUACUG